GAAAGUGAAUUUGUUUUUUACGUAAAUGUUUAUUGUAUUGAUUUGAGGUUUUAUAUAAAAUUUAGGAUAAUUUGGAACUAUUUAUUUAAAAAGGUAUGGUCAAUUUCGUGGAUAAUCUUAUGAUAAAUACGGUGACGGAGGGAGCUAUGAAUGUGUUACGCAGUAUUGGCGUAUUUAAAAGAAAAUCUUUUGAACCACCGCCGACGACAAUAGUUAUCAAAAUGCCACUAUGGGAAUUAGCGCAACAAGCGGGCCCGUUCGUAAGACUAGCGGGUCUAAGUGGUGCUGCAGCCGUUGUUCUGGGUGCUAUGGGCGCUCAUCGUAAAUUUCCAGAAACUGACACUAAAGAAGAUCUUAAGAAAAUAUUUGAAACAGCCAAUAGAUUUCAUUUUCUGCACACUCUUGCUUUAAUGACAGUGCCAUUAUGCAGAAGACCAUACAUUGCAGGGGCAUUUUUCAUCACUGGUAUGGGAUUAUUUUGUGGAACCUGUUACUAUCAUGCAUUCACAGGAGAAAGAGUUCUUCGAAGACUUACACCAGUUGGAGGAUCUUGCUUAAUUCUGGGUUGGCUGGCUAUGGUAUUGUAAAAUCAAUCUUGCACUGUAUUUUGUGAAGUGGUUUAAGUAGAUUUAUAUUAUUAGUUACUCUUUAAGUGGAAUAUAUUGUUAUAUUUAGAUAUUAAUAGAAGUACAGUUUGUACAAUAAGUUUUGGUAUAAUAGUUCUGGAUUCUUAUUAAUUUUGUCGGGUAUCUGAAUGGUGUAAAUAUUUUAUUAAAUCUAACUAAAAUUUAA